GCGCCCCACCCGCUGCCUUUGGCCCACGACGGGGUUUCAAGCUGCUGCCUUCUUCCCCCCGCAGCCGUCGGGGGGGAAGAAGUUUUGCAGGGGAGUCGGACUUCCCUUUCUCCUCGCCAUUUCUUUCCACGAGGAAGGAAGAGAGCGCGAUGGCGGAGGAGGAGAAGAGGACCGUCCGCGACCGCCUUGCGGACGCCUUGGAGGACUUGAAGGAGUACGAUCUGAAGCAGUUCAAGUUCCAUCUGAACGCGCUCCCGGCCGAGGAGGGCUAUAGUAGCAUCCCCAAGGGGCGGCUGCAGAAGGCGGAUCGCUUGGACCUGUGCCACCUGCUGCUCGGCUACUACGCCGAGGAUGGCGCUAUGGAGGUGACCCUCAAGCUGCUGGCAUGCAUCAACCGGAGAGACCUGCGGGAGAAGCUCCUCCAAGUCAAAGGCGGUGGUGACUGGCUUGACGGCUGCUUUGGUCAGGGGCAAUGGCAGGGAGGAAACAGAAACAUUGGUGGAAGAGGGUCCUCCGUCGCCUGCUGUGGAUUUCCUCCUUUUGAGAGAGAUGUUGCUUCACUUCGUUCUUUGAGAGAUCCUUUGUUCUCUCUGUGGCUCUUCACUUCAUUUGACAGCUGUGGGAUGAGAGACUUCAGGUUUGCAUCUACUAGAACUGAGAUAGUCGGUGGCAAAAGCAUUACUAGAAGGAGAAUGGUUGAAAAUGGACAAGAAAGAGUAGAUGUUGAAGUCGACCAAUCAAAUACUUUAGCUAUAAAUGGAUCAUCUGCAACCAUUGGAGAGACAGAGACCAUUGCCAAUUGCAAGAACUUAAAAAUCAAGGUUACUGAAGUGCUGGAUGGAGAGUUAUCUCAUUUGGUAGAAGCGAAAGACGAUAUGGCAGGAAAGGUUUCAUCAGGAACAAACACCAGGAGGAGUACAGUGGCAAAGACCAUCCGCAGCCGCCUUUUGGACACCCUGGAGAACUUGGCAGAAUACAGUUUGAAGGAAUUCAGGUGGCGUCUCAACUCGCUCUCAGUCAAGGAGGGCUACAGCAACAUCCCCAGAGGGCGAUUGGAGAAGGCAGAUCCCAUUGACCUGACCCACCUGCUGCUUGGCUACUACAACGAGCAUUACGCUGUGGAGGUGGUCCUCAUGUUGUUGAAAUCCGUCAACCGAAGAGAUCUGGAGAGGAAUCUCCUGCAAAUCACAGAGAACGGCGUACCAGUGUAG